CCCUGGAUGGUUGCAUGAAGACAGUGUGGAAGCAGAUGGCCUCAAAAAUCGCCUUUGCUCUCAUCAUGAUGGCUUUAGUGAAUCCAGGAGGUGCUGACCCAAGGGCUUCACAAGCGGAGCUGCAUUGUUCAGCCUUCUCCAACGUCAGUUGUGAAGAGUGUGUGAGGAACCCAUCAUGCCUGUGGUGUACCUCCAGCCUGGACUGCGUCUAUUAUCCGGUGAAGACUAUUUUUCUUCCCAGCUCCGUGUGCAAACUCCCCAAAGCAAGAUGGGGCGUAUGCUGGGUGAACUAUCAGGUGCUCACCAUCUCCUUAUCGGUGCUGAGCACCAUGGUGCUCUUGGCUGUCAUUGUCUGCUGCUGUUCCUAUGCAAGACGUCAGAAGCUGAGAAGAAGCAGGGACCAAGAACGGUUCAGACGUGCCGACAGGGAAAGGAUAAUCCAACACAACGAGAGAAGAGACAACCUAAGGAUGAAACGCCAUGAAAUCCGCAAGAAAUACGGCCUUUUUAACUAAGAACUGAAGAAAGGUCCCAUGGUGUGAUCGAAGUGGAUGGGCAACCAUAGGUGUGGAUGUGUUUACUUAAUAAUAUCUCAUGGGAAAUGAUUUAAGAUUAAUGAGCUAAUUUUUUGGUUGGAGAUCUCAUUGAGUCUAAAUGAAAUACUAAAUAAAAUAUUAUAGGGGUUCUGUCCAUUUUAGGUGGUACUUCAUUCUGUCUUCAGGAAGAAGCCCACAGUUUGUUAGGAAAAACUGAAAUGUUGCUAUUAAAUCUUUCAGAGAAGGUUUCACACAAUGCCCUGAGCUUUUGUAAUGAAGCUUCUUGUAUUUUAGGAUGAUGAUCUUUCAAGGGACCAAGUGAAUAUUUGCUAAUUUGAUUUCUCUUUUCCUUUUUUAUGUAGAUGUGAUAAAAAUUAUUAAAGU